AUGGUCGCUGCCAACACCAUCGCCCUCCUCACUCUCCUUCCGGCUCUUGCCCUCGCUGCUGUGUCCCCAAACCACGACUCGGCGCUUGCCCGCUCGAACGCCCACCGCGGCAACGCGCCGCGUGCCAUCGGCUCUGCCCAGUCUCGCUCGAGGCGUCGUGGCCAGUGCCGUGUCCGCCCGGCCGCCACGGAGGCCAGUGCCGCCGCUCCCGCUCCCACUGAGGAGUCUGCCACCCCCGCUGAGGAGUCUACCACCCCCGCUGAGGAGUCCACCCCCACCGAGGAGUCCACCACCACCACUGGCUCUGAGGACGAGGCCCAGACCGAGGGUGACAGCCAGGCCGCCGACACCACCGAGCAGCCUACCACCUCCGCCUCUGCCGAGCAGGAGGCUGAGAGCACCCCGGUCAACAACAACCUUGCUGCACUCCCCAACAGCAACAGCGGUCUUCUCUACACUACCGGCCCCUGCGGUGACAACCAGCCCGACGCCGACCACCCCAACGGCCAGCAGUGGUGGUUCAACUGUGGCAUCGACGACAACGGAUGGAACCCUCCCUUCCUCACCUUUGACCAGAUCAAGUACCAGGACCUGGCCGCCGACGGCAUCUACGCUCCCUGUGCUCCCUACUUUGACAAGUUUUACGCCGCGUCGGGCAAGUACAACAUUCCGCCCAUCAUGAUCGCCGCCAUUGCCAUGCAGGAGUCGACCUGCCAGCCCGAGCUUACUGGCGGCGGCGGCGAGGCCGGUAUGAUGCAGCUGCUUGGCUCCAACUGCGACGGUGCCCCCAACGGCGACUGCUACGACGUCGACUUCAACAUUGACCGCGGCGUCUACUACCUCCGUGACCGCAUCGACGCCAACGGCGGCUCCGUCCUCCUCGGCAUGGGCGCCUACAACGGAUGGGAGAAGGGCAUGACCAGGGGCGACGUUUACGAGAAGGCCAACACCUGGGGCUGCUUUGCCCAGCAGAACCUCGACUACAUGGAGCAGACCCUCAACGGCUGGCUGCAAAACCAGUACGGCUACGAGCGUGGAUCCAUCAACAACCGCAAGGACUGCUAG